AUGCAGUUCACCACCGCUCUUCUUGCUCUCGCUGCUACCGCAGUCGCUCUCCCCAACGUUGGCCCUGCUCCUGGCAAGGGUUCCCAGGUUGGCGGACAGCAGGCUUUCUGGCCUGUUAGCGACGACGUUACCGUCGAGGAAGCUAAGGCUGCCUGUGGUAAUGACAACCAAAUUGCUUGCUGCGAUGAUACCACCUUCACCGGCGACCAGGUCGAGGUUGUGUCCGGCCCUCUAGCUGGUGCCCUCUCCGACCUUCUCGGAGGCAAGAACGGUGCCAAGGGUCUCGGUCUCUUCGACAAGUGCUCCAAGCUCAACCUCGAUCUCAUCAUCGGUAUCUCCGAUCUCAUCAACAGCCAGUGCAAGCAGAACAUUGCUUGCUGCCAGGGCAACUCUGCCGACUCCUCUGGCGACCUCAUCGGACUCAACGUUCCUUGCAUCGCUCUUGGUUCUCUUUUGUAA